AUGUCUAUGUCAUCUGCAACAGCGGACAACCGCUCGUCAGUCUCGAGCAGCAACACCCCAGGGCCUGCUGCCUCGACCACCACCACCACACCCCAAUCCUCGUCUUCCGUUCCCGCUGCCAACAGCAGCAGCAGCGACGACAACCUCGUCUGCCGCUGGAGCCAGUGCAGCGAGCGCUUCACGACACCAGAGAUUCUUUAUGACCACAUCUGCGAGCGUCAUGUUGGCCGCAAGAGCACCAACAACCUCAACUUGACAUGCCAGUGGAACCAGUGCCGCACGACCACUGUCAAGCGUGACCACAUCACGUCGCACAUCCGUGUGCAUGUGCCGUUGAAGCCUCACAAGUGCGACUUCUGCGGCAAGACCUUCAAGCGGCCGCAGGAUCUCAAGAAGCACGUCAAGACGCACGCCGACGAUUCGGUGCUGGCUCCAAGGCCGGGCCAGGAUCCGACUGGCGGCAUGGGCUCUUCCUACCGCGCCCAUUCGACGUCGUCCAGCUACUACGACCACAACGGCCACAUUCGCACGAACCCUUCCGCCUUUAAUCAGCCGCACCAGGGCGGCGGACACGCUGGCUACUACGCUCAGCAGCAGGCAUACGGUGGCGGACUUUACUUCCCUCCGGCCCUGAACCCCCGCAGCGACGGCUUCAUCGGCGGCCACCACCACAGCCACCAACACGCUCCCCAGCACCAACAGGCACAGCACCACCACCAGCACGCACCGCAACACCAUCUGGCCAGCGGUCCUGCUGAUGUCGGUCACGGUGACUACCCCCAGCGCCGCAACCUGGACGUGCUGAACGAAUUCUUUGGCUCGCUCAAGCGCGGCAAUGUCGACCCGUCUUCGUACGCCCAGGUCGGCCGCUCACUGAUGCCCCUGCAGGCUGGCGGUGGCGGUGGCGGUGUCGCGACGGAGUUCAUGCCACAGCCGCCCCAUCUACUUGCCUCGGCCGCCCAGCAGCAGCAGCAAAACUCAAUGGCGCAGCACUACUUUUUGCCGCCCAUCCCCAACCUACGCACCAAGAACGACCUCGAGGAGAUGGAUGUGCUGCUGGAGCAGAUGCAGACGACCAUCUACGACAACUCGGGCGCCUCGCCGACGCCCAACACACACGCGUUUGACCUGCGCAACAACCCGUCACCUCUGGCGCGGCCCACACUCAUCAACGACCACUACGCCAAUGCGGCCGUGUCGGCUGCGCACAUGCCCUCGCCCCUCACGGCCCUGUCGCACUCCUCGCAGAGCGGCGGCUCGCCCGCCGUGACGCCCCCGUCUAGCGGUGCCUCGUACACAUCCGGCCACUCGCCCAGCACGUCCAGCACGGGCAUGUCGCCAUCGUCGCGCCAGGCCCCGGCCGUGAUGGCCACGUCCGUCGCCGGCAGUAUUGCGUACCCGCACCUGCCAACGUCCAGCGGCGUUGCCUACCCCGGCUCGGCCGCACCGACCACGCUGGGCUCCAGCUUCGGUCCUGACGACCGGCCGUAUCGCGCUGGUAUGUUGCAGAACGCGAGCCGCAAGGUGCGCCCGGAAGACGAGGAUCGGCGCCAGCAGAGACGGGCCUCCAAGGACGCAGUGACGGCCAGCUCGCCGUCGGCCGCAUCGGACGCCAGCAGCGAGCCCGAGUCGUACGACCAGUGGCUCAACAACGUGCGGAUGAUUGAGUCGCUCCGCGAGUACAUCAAGACGCGCCUGACGCGUCAGGAGUAUGACGGGUCCCGCGAGAUGCCUCCGCCACCGGCCUAUGGCCGUGGCCGGGACCUGCCCGAGCCGCCGUUGUCGACGCGGUUGCCGUCACUCAAGUCGGUGAGCGAGGCGCCGCCCCUUUACCCGGCCCUGCGUCUGUCGGAGUAG